CAGAAAUCAUGAAACAGGUGAUACUAAAACUCGCAUAAAAGUAUUCAUCGUGAUGACCAUUUUCAACUCCAGUGAUAUUUACAAAAUUUGACUGGUUCUUCGAAAGAGAUGCCAUAGAUUCUAACCGACUAUAAUAUCACAAACAAGAUGCCAGAACAUUCCACUCUUAGCAGGCCAGGCCCACCUGUUAAAAGAAUAUCAGGCCUGUCUGUGGCUUCCCUGCACACCGGCCCAUCCAGGACACUGUCAGGAAUAAGCGGCAGGGUGGGUCACAAUGACUUGAGCACUCCUGCAUCAGUGAGUAGGGGAACUGUGGUCACCAUACCAACAGAGGAACUCCAUAUGGCAGAGGAGACACAUGGUCAGGGUUACAAGAAUGCAAAGAUACCUUACCAGGAGAUGUCCAGUAAAGACAGGAAGUCGCAGCCAUGGGAGGAUAGUUCGCCACGACAAGAACAGUUCAUGUCUCAGCAGUCUUAUGCCACACCUUUGCCUCGCAGGUUCAACAGACAUGCAUCAGACAUGUCACCUACAUUUACAGCUGAGAAUGAAAAGUACAUGACCGAACUUCGGCAGUUUAUUCGUCAACAUUUCCACAUUCUGGAGUGUAACAGAUUUGUUCCUGCUCCCGGCCAGGGCGGAAAGAAAAUUAGAGCUGUCAAAUGUAAAUGUGGUGGCGUAUUAACAGAACAUGCAGGCAUCUCCCAGGCCAAGAUUGUCAAGAAACAGACCGUGGACCUGACCAACAUAGCAGAGAUGGCCAUUGUGCCCCCUGAGUUGAGGCCCUACUUCCGUCGUGAGAAGUUGGACGACAUAUGUCCAGAGAAGUUUCCUAUGCUGAAAUGGGGGGAGGAGGCAUUCCGUAAAACAGUGACCAACACAUUCGGCAAGAUUGACUUUGUCAAUGUGGAACACAAGGGUGGGAAGAAACCAGCAAAGUACAUUCGCCUGUGUGCUGACAGUGCUGUGGAGGAUGUUUUCAAUCUGAUGCAAGACUAUUGGAAGAUAAUGGAGCCCCAGGCGCCGAACCUCGUCAUCUCGGUGGUGGGAGGAGCUAAAAACUUCAAACUUGAUGGCAGAAAUAGAACCACAUUCUCUGAUGGACUUAUCAAGACAGCCAAGACGACAUCAGCUUGGCUUAUAUCCAGUGGUUUCAACAUGGGAGUGAUGAAGGCUGUUGGUCAGGCUGUACAACAGGGUCAAUCAUUUGCGUGGGAUAACAACCGUAUGGCACACCGCCUCCGCUGUAUCGGUAUCGCACCCUGGGGCUAUAUACGGGACAGAAAAUGCCUCGUGGAAACAAAUUCUGGACAGGGCCAGUUCUAUGCCAAGUACCGUACAAGUAACGUGAUUCUACACGGUGAGCCUGUGCCUCUCAACGCUGACCACACUCACUUUAUAUUUGUGGAUGACGGCUACAGGAACCGGUAUGGGGGCGUGGCUGAAAUGAGGUCGAAGAUUGAACAGAGAAUAUCAGCGCCUAAAUCUGAUGGUGGACUAGAGAUCCCUGUGGUGCUUAUAGUGGUUGAGGGAGGGAUAGACGCCAUCGAGGAUGCGAAAUCUUCUGUCCAGCAUGAUAUCCCUGUGGUUGUGUGCUCUGGCACUGGGAGAGCAGCAGACAUUCUGGCAUACGCGUACACUCACACCAAAACAUCUUCCAGUGGUGAGCGUGAAAUGUCUGACAAGCACCUGAAGAAGCUCCGUGAGAAGAUAAUUGACGCAUACGGGAAGGCUUGGAAGGCAAUGGAAAAAGAGACGAAAUUUACGAACAUCAAGGAUUCUGUCCAAAUCUGUUGUAAAAAUCCUGACCUUAUGACAGUGUUCAACAUGAACAAACAUGAUGAGCUUGACCUGGCCAUCUUGUCUGUGCUGCUCAAGAAGAAUUCAGGGGCAGAUAAGCAUGUGGGGGACACAAACCAGCGACUCAACCAGCUGAGACUCGCGCUUACAUGGAAUAGGGUUGACAUCGCACAGGAGGAAAUCUUCCGAGAAGAUGUACUCUGGGAGCAAGGUAGCCUAGACCAAGUGUUGACAGAGGCCAUAGUAGAUGACAAAGUGGCCUUCCUCAAGCUGAUCCUGGAACAGGGAAUCAUCUUCAAGGAGUUUCUUACCAUGGACAGGCUCAAUAUCCUCUACAGCAAGGUGCCUAAGUUUCACCCAAUUUUCAAGCUCCUACACAAGCUCACAGGAAUGUCUGAACUCAACCUGAACAAUGUCGCCAAGCUGCUUCUCAAGCUGCUGGACAGGUUUGAUGAAAAUGAGAUGUCAGUGUUCUCCGACGUGGAUGGUGCCUAUGUCAUAGACAAUGAGCAGGAGCAGGAGAAAGAGUUCUUGCGGCCAUACAAACACCUCCUCAUUUAUGCUGUGUUGCUCUACAGGCAGGACCUGGCCAAAUUUUGCUGGGAGAUGGGUGAUGAACCAGUUACCAGUGCCAUCGCGGUCACACGGCUCUAUGGAGCCAUGGCACGACACAUUACGAGGGAUGAGUCGAAUGUCAGAGAUAUGUUCCAUCAGUAUAAAAUUGAGUUUGAGCUGCUAGCGACAGACGUAUUGGAAGAAUGUCACCAAAGUGACCCUGACAAAGCCAUGAUGAUUGUGGAACGCCGGUCUCCAGUCUGGGGAGAAAUGACCUCCCUCCAGAUAGCAGCUGCUUCUAAUGAUCAGGUGUUUUUGUCAGCAGAAGCAUGCCAGAAUUCGAUAACCACGACUUGGAAACAAGGCAUCAUGUCCGGAUGGUCAAAGAUGUUUUUAGCCAUUAUCUGCCCGCUGCUUGUCCUCUGCAAUAUGGAGAUCACAAACAUUGGCACCAUCCAACUCAAGUGGUACCAGAAACUUGGGGCCUUCUACACUUCGCCCAUUGCCAAGUUCUGUCAUAAUCUGUUCAUGCACCUGAUAUUCCUCGGGAUUUUCUCGUACCUCGUAUUGGUUGAUCUGACGCCGGACCGUGUGACACCCCUUGAAAUUGUCUGCUUCAUAUGGGUCGUCUCCCUAAUGGUCGACAAAAUAUAUGUGUUUAUAACUUUCCCAGCGCCGACCCUGAUGUCUAAGCUCCGUGAUUGGUACGGCAUGGUGAACUACUUGGAGGCGCUCAACUACCUUUUGUACAUCCUUGCCUUCAUUCUCCACCUCCUCGACUUCUACCAAGCCUCCAAAGUCCUCUACUGUAUCAACUCUGUCGUCUUCAUCUUGUUCUUGACCAAGUUCUACACGGCCAGUACCAGCAUUGGCCCCAAGAUGGUCAUGAUUCAGAGAAUGUUGGGCGAGCUACAGCUGUUCAUAUUUGUGGUGUUGGUAUUCCUAUUGGCAUAUGGGAUCGCGGCCCAGGGCCUUCUGUACUCUGAGCGUUCCCCGAGCUGGACCAUACUGAGGGACGUCUUCUACUAUCCGUACUGGCAACUUUACGGGGAAUUGUUUUUUGAUGCCAUUGGGGACGACGGUGAUGGUUGUGACAGUGACCAGUCAAUGGGCAAGUGCAUCCAGGGAGAUCGUGAUUGUCUGACUUACCACUGGAUGGUGCCGUUUAUCCUCGCAGCCUACCUCAUGAUUGGAAACAUCCUCCUCCUUAACCUUCUCAUAGCUAUAUUUAGUAACGUGUUUCACACAGUUGAGAAGAACUCAUUUGAGAUAUGGAAGUUUCAAAUGUAUUACCUGGUAAUGGAGUACAACCAGAAAACGUUCCUCGCUCCGCCUCUGUCCAUCUUCUGUCACGCAGCCCUGGCUCUUAAGUGGCUCUAUGAACUUGUAUGCUGUAAACUGAAGCACGAAGAGCAGUUCCUGGGCCGGAAGCAUCUGGAGUGGUUACAGAUAUUUGAGAAGGAGAUGAUGGCCAACUACCUCCGCCUUCGUCGGGCUGCCGACCAGAACAGCCUUGAUACACGCGUACAGCAGCUGGAGAAGAGAGUUGACAUGUUGACAAAGCUGAUUGAGGAUGAGGUUAUACAGGACCAGCAGCCAGAGCUGCCCCCGGAGCUCACAUUUGUGGCAGGUGAGACAGGCCAACGGCUAAUUACCUCCCGAUCCAGCUCGGUACUUUCCCAGGCCGGCAGGAGUUACAACGCCUGGCCUUCCACUCUUGAUGUCAUGGCAGUGAGCGUAGCUGAAGGCGCUACUGAUGGUUCCCUUAAAAACCUCAGCUCAACUCACCCUGGUCCGAAACCACAGGCUCAACUGCUGAGAGUGAAGUCAGGGUACCAGCUGAUUCAUAAGCCAACUUCACCUGUGCUUUCUCGCAUGAAAUCUGCUCCUAACCUUCUACACGGCCAGUCUGAAAAAGAGCGGGAACACAUCGAUGAACCAGUCAAGGAAGUUAAAGGUGAUGUUUUAGAUCUUGAUAAAGAGAAAGAUGAUACCAUGAAGGACAUUGAUAAUGAUAAAAAUGUUGGUGCCAUUGGUGGGAUGGAGUUGACUGAGAAAGAAUUAGAGAAAAUAAGGAAAAAGGAAGAAAAAGAAUUGCGGAGAAAGAAAAGACAAGAACGAAAAGAAGAAAAAAGGAAAAAGAAAGAAAUGAAGGAAAUUAAUGACAAGUUUGACAAUGAGAUGAAUGAUGUGAACAGACCUGGUAAUACAAACAAACCUGAUCGGCAGGUGACCUUUGACCUUGAUGAGGAAGAGGCUGAAAGGUCAAGGCCUAUGACAGCUCCUGAAAUGUUUAGGUCAAUUGAAAUUGAUGAGCAAGAAAACAUAGCAGACAAUAGUGGAAGAUUUGAACAUCGUUCUGCAUGGUGAAAAGCUUAAAGUUUCAAUUCAGUAGUUGAGCACUCUAAUGAUUGCAAUAAUAUGAGUAAUAAUGAUAUUUAGUGUGUUUGUUGUUGAUUUUUCUGAACAAUAUAAAAAUAUUCAAGUAUUUCUUUAAAUACCUAGACCAAGUGCUUAAUUAAUUGCUUGAUAAAUGUGUUCGAAAAUGUAUAAUAUACUCUUUGAUCUUUUUGUUAAUGCUAUUUGGCACAAUGUGCUUGAAAUAAGAUAAGCUUUUAGUGUCAGGUUUGAAAAUACUGAAGUUGAUACUACUGUUUGCAAAUAGAGGAAGCGAAACUUGCUUGUAGUCUGUAAAUAAACUCACACUGCACAAACAAUAACAGUCAAACUCAGCAUUUUCAACAGGUUUUGAAGGCCGCGUUUAAGUCACCGCACUGCUUCAGUAUUCGCAAUUGGCCUGUUUUUGACCUGCUGAUUAUAUUACCAGCUUAACCAAAUAUCUUUGAAAUAUGUCUGAUAAAAUUUUAACAGUUUUGUCACAUCAUACUUUUACAUCCUUUACUGGCAGACUUUUCAUGUUCCUCAAACUUAAAUUCUUCUGCAGGCAGUCACGGACUAGAGCAGAAUUAAUAAUUCAUUUAAUACUUAAAGAAUUUAAUAUUUUUUUCAAACAUUAGUAGUUUGAUUAUCAAAAAUGUGUCAUAGAGUUUACUAUUUUUGUAUUGUGAUACUCAAUAAUGAUAUUAUAGGAAAUUUGCUAAUGAUCGUGUUGCCUUCGUUCGCACAUAUGAGUGCAUUAACAUAUCUAUCAUCAUUUGUAUUUUAUAUAUCUAACCACUUCUAAGGUAUCUUUAACCAUUUAAUAUACAAUGGGCUGAUUCUUCAAAACUUUGUUAAAGUUAACAACUGUGUUAACAUUAUCAUUAACUUUCAAAAAAGUGUAACUGCUCUGGACGUUUUAUGGAAACAAGGGUGCACUUGUGACCUGCAGUAUUUGUAACAAGAUUUGAGACAGCUGUGUCAGCUGUACUUCUGUUAUGUUUAUUUCAACUAUUUGACUGAACAAUCGGCCCAUUGUCGUGGUCAUUGAUCACAUUGUUAACUUUAACAAAGCUUUGAACAAUCGACCAUUGUCAUGGUCAUUGAUCACAUUGUUAACUUUAACAAAGCUUUGAACAAUCGGCCCAUUGUCAUGAUCAUUGAUCACAUUGUUAACUUUAACAAAGCUUUGAACAAUCGACCAUUGUCAUGGUCAUUGAUCACAUUGUUAACUUUAACAAAGCUUUGAACAAUCGACCAUUGUCGGGGUCAUUGAUCACAUUAUUAACUUUAACUAAGCUCUGAACAAUCGACCAUUGUCGUGGUCAUUGAUCACAUUAUUAAUUUUAACAAAGCUCUGAACAUUCGACCCAUUGUCCUGGUCCUUGAUCACAUUGUUAACUUUAACAAAGCUCUGAACAAUCGUCCCAUUGUCGUGGUCAUUGAUCACAUUGUUAACUUUAACAAAGCUCUGAACAAUCGACCAUUGUCAUGGUCAUUGAUCACAUUAUUAACUUUAACAAAGCUUUGAACAAUCGUCCCAUUGUCAUGGUCAUUGAUCACAUUGUUAACUUUAACAAAGCUUUGAACAAUCGACCAUUGUCAUGGUCAUUGAUCACAUUAUUAACUUUAACAAAGAUUUGAACAAUCUACCAUUGUUGUGGUCAUUGAUCACAUUGUUAACUUUAACAAAGCUCUGAACAAUCGACCAUUGUCGUGGCCAUUGAUCACAUUAUUAACUUUAACAAAGCUCUGAACAAUCGACCAUUGUCGUGGUCAUUGAUCACAUUGUUAACUUUAACAAAGCUUUGAACAAUCGACCAUUGUCGUGGUCAUUGAUCACAUUGUUAACUUUAACAAAGCUUUGAACGAUCGACCCAUUGUCAUGGCCAUUGACCACAUUGUUAACUUUAACAAAGCUCUGAACAAUCGACCAUUGUUGGGGUCAUUGAUCACAUUGUUAACUUUAACAAAGCUUUGAACAAUCGACCCAUUGUCAUGGCCAUUGAUCACAUUGUUAACUUUAACAAAGCUCUGAACAAUCGACCAUUGUUGGGGUCAUUGAUCACAUUGUUAACUUUAACAAAGCUUUGAACAAUCGACCCAUUGUCAUGGCCAUUGAUCACAUUGUUAACUUUAACAAAGCUUUGAACAAUCGACCAUUGUUGUGGUCAUUGAUCACAUUGUUAACUUUAACAAAGCUUUGAACAAUCGACCAUUGUCGUGGUCAUUGAUCACAUUGUUAACUUUAACAAAGCUCUGAACAAUCGACCAUUGUCGUGGUCAUUGAUCACAUUGUUAACUUUAACAAAGCUUUGAACAAUCGACCAUUGUCGUGGUCAUUGAUCACAUUGUUAACUUUAACAAAGCUUUGAACAAUCGACCCAUUGUCGUGGCCAUUGACCACAUUGUUAACUUUAACAAAGCUCUGAACAAUCGACCAUUGUUGUGGUCAUUGAUCACAUUGUUAACUUUAACAAAGCUUUGAACAAUUGACCCAUUGUCAUGGUCAUUGAUCACAUUGUUAACUUUAACAAAGCUCUGAACAAUCGGCCCAUUGUCGUGGCCAUUGACCACAUUGUUAACUUUAACAAAGCUUUGAACAAUUGGCCCAUUGUCAUUGAUCACAUUGUUAACUUUAACAAAGCUUUGAACAAUUGGCCCAUUGUCGUGGUCACUGCUAUUUUAUGUUACCAUCACUAUGCCAUAUUCAUAAAUUGAUGUAAUACUCAGAUUGACAAAUUUGCUAUCAACCAUACUUAAUAUAUGUACAUAUUUGCUUAACAUUAGAUCCUUCUAAUAAAUGUUAAAGUAUUUGUUAAAGAAACAAAUAGAAACAUCCAUUUAUGUAUAAAGAAAAAAAAGUUUUUAGGUUAUUGACUUAUCUGUUAAAUAAGCAUGUCUAAGCUCUAGGAGCCUCUAAAUUGUAAAUGCCAAUUGUAGCCUAUCUGUUUUUUGGAAGUUAAAUGUUAAGGCUGGUAACAACCAUUGAUGUAUUUGUUGUCCGCAGAAGUCAUACGAAAAAAUCAACCUUUUGCCAUAUCUCAAAAACUGUACAACUGUUUAACAUAUUCACAGGUAAAUAUAUUUAAAGAAUAUAGCAUCAAAUAUAUUAUUAUGCCCCCUUUUGAAAAAAGUGGGGUAUAUUGUUUUGCACAUGUCGGUCGGUCGGUCUGUCUGUCUGUCGGUCGGUCGGUCGGUCGGUCGGUAGGAAUACCAAAUGGUUUCCGAUCAAUAACUUGAGAACGCUUUGACCGAGGGACCUCAUACUUGGUAUGUGUAUUGGUCAUCACCAGCAGAUGAACCCUAUUGAUUUUGAGGUCAGUGGGUCAAAGGUCAAGGUCAGUGUGACCUUUACAUGAAAAACGGUUUCCGAUCAAUAACUUGAGAACGCUUUGACCCAGGGACCUCAUACUUGGUAGGUGUAUUGGUCAUGACCAGCAGAUGAACCCUAUUGAUUUUGAGGUCAGUGGGUCAAAGGUCAAGGUCAGUGUGACCUUAACAUGAAAAACGGUUUCCGAUCAAUAACUUGAGAACGCUUUGACCCAGGGACCUCAUACUAGGUAGGCUUAUUGGUCAUGACCAGCAGAUGAACCCUAUUGAUUUUGAGGUCAGUGGGUCAAAGGUCAAGGUCAGUGUGACCUUUACAUGAAAAACGGUUUCCGAUCAAUAACUUGAGAACGCUUUGACCCAGGGACCUCAUACUUGGUAGGUGUAUUGGUCAUGAC